AUGUGGACCCCAUUUGCACUAUUCGUGAUAUUAGCGGCUGUCGCCUCAGCCGACUACGGUUUCAAACCCGGAAAGGAAUAUCAUUAUGAGGUUACAAGUACAACUUUGACCUCCCUUCACCAAGUUGCUGAUCGUUACGCUGGAGUUUCUAUGCGUAACAAAUUGACUCUUACACCCGUAAAAGAAGAUGAAUAUUUAGGUACUUUCACACAAUCAGAGGUUACUGAAGUUCACACCACUUUACCAGGAGGUGUUGACCACAGUGUACCUCUUGAAAAUGCCAAGUACUCACCAAUUAGUCUCCCACGUGAACCGUUCGUCGUUAAAACGAAGGAUGGAAUCGUUGAUGAAUUGGUCGUCAGCAAAGAUUUGCCUGUUUGGCAUGUAAAUGUCAUCCGUUCCAUUGUGAGUCAAUUCCAAAUUGACACUCAAGGAAGACGACUUAUUCCCUCAAAACUUAACUCAGUUCCCCACGGAGACGAAACCACAGCUGUUUACAAGGUUAUGGAAGACACCGUCGAAGGAGAAUGUGAAACUUUGUACGAUGUUACACCUUUGCCAAAAUACGUUGUUUUAACCACUCCAAGCCUUGCCCCAACUUACCAUGUUGGAGACAAAGAAGAUUUGAUCGACAUUGUCAAAACAGCCAACUUCAGCAACUGUGAACAAAGACCAGGAUACCACUUUGGACUUACUGGUUUGACUGACUGGAAACCAACCACCAACAAAUUAGGAAACUUCUUGUCACGCUCCUCAGUUACCAGAGUCGUCCUUUCUGGAAACCUUAAAACUUACACUGUUCACUCCUCAGUAACCACUAGCAAAGUUAUUGUCAGCCCUGAAGUUUACAACAACCAAAAGGGAGAAGUUAUUUCCCGCGUAAAUGUCACCCUUGUUUCUGUCGGAACUGGAACUUCCACCGGAUCCGGACCCGCUAACCCUCAAACCUUGAAAAAGUUGGUUUACGACUUUAACGGUCCUUUUUCAACUGACGCUCAAGUUCGUGAAAAAUGGGACCAAAGACAAGAACAAACUCUUGUUAAACCCACCGGAUACACCGAAGGCGGUUUUACUGAACAAGUUAGAAACACAAGACACAUUGACGAAAAAACUUUGGUUCUUUCCAACGAAGGAUGGUACCAAACCAAACCAAAAAUGAACCAAGCUCCAGAAACACCUUUCCUUCCAUACUUUGUUGGAUACAUGGGUCACUCCAUCCAACACUCCAAGGAUAUCAACGUCAACCAAGUCGUAAGAAAAAUGGCCGAACAAAUUGGACAAACCUUGCAAGAUCAAACUCACUUAACCAAGGACAAUACUCUUGAAAGAUUCACCAUUUUGACUGAAGUUGUUCGUACCAUGAACGCCAAACAACUUGAACAAUCCGUUCAAGAACUUUACACUCCAGCUGAAGAACACCCCAAAGAAGUCGCCGGAACACCCAGAAACGCAUGGAUGGUCUUCCGUGAUGUUUUGGCUCAAGCCGGAACUGGCCCCGCUUUGACCACUAUUGUUUCCUUGAUCACCUCCAAAAAACUUAAAGGAGAAGAAGCUGCCCAAGUUGUAUCCACUCUUGCCGAUACUGCCAGAUACCCAACCACUGAAUACUUAAACACAUUCUUUGAAUUGGUUAAACAUCCCGAAGUAGUUUCUCAACCAAUUUUGAGAACCACCAGUGUUUACACUUUCACCAAAUUGGUCAGAUACGCUUUGGUAAACCCCAAAACCGUUCACAACCGUUACCCAGUUCACACCUUUGGAUACCUCACCCGCCUUGAUGACACCACCGUCACCGACACUUACGUACCAUACUUGGCCCAACAAUUGGAACAAGCUGUCAAAGAAGGAGACUCUACCAAAGUACAAACUUACGUCGUUGGUUUAGGAAAUGUUGCCCACCCCAAAAUCCUUCAAGUAUUCGAACCUUACUUGGAAGGCAAACAACCAAUGAGUGACUUCCAACGUACUCUUGUAGUCACCUCUUUAGGAAAAUUGGCUGAAGUUCACCCCAAAGUUGCCAGAACUGUAUUGUACAAGGUUUACACCAACACCGGAGAAGUUCACCAAGUUCGUGUAGCUGCCGUUUACAAUUUGAUGAAGACUGUCCCACCAGUUAGCAUGCUCCAACGUAUGGCUCAAUUCACUCACGAAGACCCCAGCACUCAAGUCCGUUCAGCUGUCAAAUCCGCCAUUGAAUCUGCUGCCCUCUUGAAAACCAAGACCAACUUUCAAUUGCGUAAAAAUGCUCAAGCCGCCGUCAACAUGUUAGUCCCUCAAGUUUACGGAGUACAAUACUCUCGUUUGAACUUGACUGACUACUUGGUUCAAGGUCUUCACCUUGGUUACACUCAAACUUUGCAAUACGUCGGAAGCAAAGACAGCCUUAUCCCAAGCUCUGUAUUCUACAAAGUUUUAGGAAACGUUAACACUUACAAAACCACUUUACUUAAGGUCAGCUCUAUGGUAUCCAGUGUACAAGCCGUAACUGAAUUCCUUCAAAACAGCUUCACUUUGGAAGAACAAGAACCAACUCCUGAAGGUCAUGGCGAUGCUUACACCGUUGAAAAAAUCACCAAAUUGUUGAAUGUCGAACAACUCGUUAAAGAACAAGUUGAAGGAAACUUUAACUACAGAGUAGGAAACCUUCACAGAUUCUUCGUUUACGACAACCACACCAUUGAAACUUUGACUCAAACCCUUAACAAAUACACUCAAAAGACCGGCCAAGGUUUGGCUUACAACACCCAAAAAUUUUUUACCAACUACGAAAUCACUCUUGCCUUGCCAACUACUACUGGAGUCCCAUUGGUAUACACCUUGUCCACUCCCGUAUACAUUGGUAUUAAAGGAAAAGUUCAAACUGACGUUCCAGAACUCCGUCAAACUCAAAAGGGAUACCAAGUUCCAAAGACUCUUGGUGUCACCACUAACGUUGAAGUAACCGUUUCCACCAACACUCACGGACAAAUCAGUUUCAUUGUCCCAUGCGAACACAAACGCUUCGUCUCUGGUUACAAAAAGGUAGUCCACGUUAACGUUCCACUUAAAGGUAGCGUUACCGUUGAUUUACCAAAACGCAACGUAAAAGUCGAAGUUAAACCCGUUGAAAAACGUGGAGACUACAAAUUGUUCCAUUACAGCACUGUACCUUACACCGCUGUCCAAAACAUUCUUGACUUGAAACCAGUUAGCGAAUCACCUUCUUUCACUGUUUUGAACACCAAACCUCUUACCGUUAAAACUAACACCUUUGGCGUCAAAACUUUAGGAACUGUUUUCCGUACUGAAAUCAAAACCGGAAAGAGAAACGUUGACUUUAAAAAAUUGAUCCACGAAGUUGUUCAACGUCACACCUUGGUCUCAGGAGUUGUAUUCCCAACUGCUGAAGCCACCAUUGACAACACCAACGUUGAUGUAUACUACGACUCUAAAUUGUCAACCGUACAAAGCUUAGUUCUUUCAGCUACCUACCGUCAAGUAACACCAACUGAAAUCAAACACGAAACCGACACCGGAAAAGUUUUUGUUCCUACCUCAGACGUACAAACUAGAAUUAAACAAUUUUACGAAAAAGUUACAACUGGAGUUAAAGGUGCAAGAGCUCAAGUAUGUGACUUCGUAUUGAACGUUAACGCACAAACCCCAGUAGAAUUGGUUGGAACCUUUGCUUUGGCUAGAAGCCCAGUUGAUGCUCCAGUCAAUCUUAUUGGUUACUUCUACAAAACCGCUGGAAACGACCACUACGAAAUCUGCUACGAUUCUACUUUCAAAAGUACUUACUCACCCAUCUACGACUUGGAACACGCCAUUCAAAGCGAAUCUAAAUCAGACUUGAACGUUCACGUCAAAUUUGGAAACAAAUGCGACACUGGAGCUAAAGUCGUACUCACUGGAAAACUUGAAAGAACUCCAGAACGUCAACAAUACGUUCAAACUUUACCCCAAGUACAAACCUGCAAAACUGAAGUUCAACAAGGAAACAAAUACACCGCUAACUGCAGAAACGCUACCUUACAAGCUGGCCUUUUCGACAAAUACACUUUCAACAUUAAAUACGAAGGAGUACCAGAAGAAUUGAAGAACUACACUUACAGAGUUGUCAACAUUUACACUCACUUGGCAUACCCAUACCUUACCGAAGGUAUGCCAACCCAAGCUGCUCAACAAAGCAAAGAAGUCGAAUUCGAUGUUAACUUCACUCCCGAUUUGAAGAACGUUAACCUCUACCUUUCGACUCCAGUUGGAGUUUCUACAUUCCACUCAGUCCCUGUUGGUGAAUACACCAGAACCUUGCUUGUCAGUCACCCUGUUUUCAACUACGUUGAAAGAUACCAAUGGUCUGCUUUCCAACAACAAUACAAAGCCUACUGUACCAUUGACAAGGCUCAAACCAAGACCUUCGACAACCAAACCUACAAUACUCACUUAGGAAACGCUUGGCACGUAAUGUCCGUAUCCGUACCAAAAACAAACCGCGAAGGCAAACACGAAUCAGUCCGCGAUUUCUCAGUCUUGGUACGCGAAGUUGAAAACAACCAAAAAGAAGUUCAAUUUACUUUCAACUACGCCAAGGGACCCGUCGUCAACGUUCUUCCCCAACCCCAAGGCAAAGCUCACGGAACUUUCACCGUUAACGGACAAACCGUUCAAGUAGACGAACAAGGAUACUACGAAUACAGAAACCCAGCCGGAAAAUUGGUAUUCCAAGUUUACGUUCUUCCAACCGGAGAACUUCAAUUUGUCUCAACCAAAUACGGAUUCAACUUCUUGUACGACGCUCAAAGAGUUCAACUUGCUUUGAGUCAAUCAUACAGAAACCGCGUAGGAGGUCUUUGCGGAGUUUACAACGGUGAACACUACGGUUACGUAACCCCACAAGGAUACAUCCUCAACUCUCCCGAAGAAUUUGUUGCCACUUGGGCCGUCACAACCGAAGGACACGUUGCCGAAUUGAAGAAAAAAGCACAAGAACACUCAGUUUACAAGAAAACCGUUCUUUACACUAACGUCGUAUCAACCCCAGACAGCAGAUACCACGAAUACGGAGACAGCCAAGAAGAAUCCGGAGAAACGACCGAUGGACACAACACAAAAUGCACCACCAAACGUAUCAUGGUCAUCGAAAGAGACGGCAAACACUGCUUUUCCGUUCACCCACAAACCGCUUGCAAACCAGGUUGCCAAGUUGAAAAAACCAAAACCAUGAACGCCGAAUUCAUUUGUGUUAACAAAACUCAAACCUCAUCUCACUGGGCUCAAAUGGUUGCUCGUGGAGCUCAACCCAACUUUAAAAACAAAGCCAACGCACAAAAAAUGCAAUUUGAAGGCCCCGAAGUCUGUACCGACGCUUGA